CGUUGGCCAGAGUUGGGUUCGAAUUGGAUUUGGGUUAGUCGGGCCAAAUUGGAGCUCUAAAACAAAUAAUUUAAGUGUGCGAUUAAGGGCUGGCGUUCAACCAUAUGUAGAAAAACAAUCCGAAUUAGAGGGCUGGCCGGCUCAUUCCAUUGGUCUUCGUAUAAAGCACGCAGUGUCCAUUGGCCAGUGAAAGCGGAAUAUCCUUUUGGACAGAGAGAGAGAUCGGGAGGUUGAGUGAUUUGCCUGAGCCCCCCCUCUCGUUUCAGCUUGUCCGUACACUCAUGGCGUUCUCUGAUAACUCUCGCCAAUCUCUCAUCCCAAGCUUUCUGUACUAUUCUACUUCUGUUGCUUCCAAGACCUUAUUUCUCGAGAAAAUGACGAACGAUUCAAAUCCUGGCGUGUGGUCGUCCUCCAGCGGAAGUGCGAAGAAGAGCUUCGUGAUACCAGCCCCAAGCGAGCCUGGCAAGAUCGAGAUGUACUCGCCGCAGUUUUACGCCGCCUGUACGGCCGGUGGAAUCCUCAGCUGUGGCCUUACUCACAUGGCUGUCACUCCUCUUGACCUCGUCAAAUGUAAUAUGCAGAUUGACCCUGCAAAGUACAAGAGCAUCUCGUCUGGUUUUGGUGUGUUGCUUAAGGAGCAGGGACUCCGGGGCUUCUUCAGGGGAUGGGUGCCAACUCUGCUUGGUUACAGUGCCCAAGGUGCCUGCAAGUUUGGAUUCUACGAAUUCUUCAAGAAGUACUACUCUGACAUUGCUGGACCAGAGUAUGCAGCUAAAUAUAAGACUCUGAUCUACCUCGCUGGUUCUGCAUCUGCUGAGGUGAUUGCAGAUGUUGCUCUUUGCCCCUUUGAAGCUGUGAAGGUUCGUGUUCAGACUCAGCCUGGUUUUGCUAGGGGUUUGGCUGACGGACUUCCCAAGUUUGUCAAAUCUGAAGGCGUUCUUGGCUUGUACAAGGGGCUGGUUCCUCUGUGGGGUCGUCAGAUUCCAUAUACAAUGAUGAAGUUUGCAUCUUUUGAGACCAUUGUGGAACUAAUCUACAAGCAUGCCAUUCCUGCGCCCAAAAACGAGUGCAGUAAAACUCUGCAACUUGGUGUGAGCUUUGCUGGUGGAUAUGUGGCUGGUGUUUUGUGUGCUAUUGUGUCUCAUCCUGCUGACAAUCUUGUCUCUUUCCUCAACAAUGCUAAGGGAGCUACUGUUGGCGAUGCUGUGAAGAAGAUUGGGCUAUUGGGUCUCUUUACCCGGGGUCUUCCCCUUCGUAUUGUCAUGAUUGGAACUCUUACAGGAGCGCAGUGGGGAAUCUAUGAUGCUUUUAAAGUUUUCGUUGGGCUGCCGACCACUGGUGGUGUUGCUCCUGCUGCUGCCCCAGCCCCUACUUCUACUGGGCUUGCAAAGGUGUAGAACCAUCUGAAACAAUUCUUCGUUUGCAGAACCCUGAGACAAUACCUCGUCAGAGGAUCAAUAAGCAUAGGGUAGCUGAUGCUGCUUGAUUGGCGUUUUAGUUGUUGAACUGAAGAGUAUAUCUUUUUGCUUUCAAAGAUUGUGUCCCUUUUUAUGUUUGAUUAGUUUUUGAUGAAUGGUAGGGUUGUUUGGACCUUCAUCCAUCGAACCCUUAAAAAGGUUUUGGUUAGAGUAGAAAUUAAUUCUCAUUUUGAUGCUAGGAUCAUGUUUUUUCCCCAGCUAGAAAGCCCUAGAAAUAAUGGACCAACUGAGGGUGGUAUUUAGCUCUGCCCCAUAGAUACAAUCGCUGUAUGCUAUUCUUUGAGCUAAGGGAAGGAACAGGCGUUAUGCCAGUUUUCUUCUGUCAUAUCUUCAUUCUUGUUACUGCAGCCUGCAUCUUUGAGCUUUGCAAUUUAUUUGGGUUUCGAGCUUUAUGCAAGUUUGCAUAUUCUUUUCUGGUAGCAUGCACAAUCUGCCAUGUCUUGCAACUGUAUUUCUGUAUGUUGGCUUUACCAGCAGAUGCCAGAGAUUAAGUUUGCAGGUGCCAUGCUUUGCUUUAUUUAUCCAAGUACGUGUGAUAAGCUUCCCAGGGAUUUGAUAUGCAAUUGGCUGGAAUGUCUACAAGAAAGGGUAGAGUGUCAGCCUCUGAAUGUCUUUCAGCCCCGUGAAGGGAUGUCUACCAUGUAAGUACCGGCGCAGAUCCACUGCCAAAAGCUUAUUUGUGGCACGGUUUUAGAACGAAUCCAGUGUGCAUGGGUCAUAUAAGAAUUCUAUGCUUGCUACUCAGUUGAUAUAUGAGCAAGUGAGUAUCUUAGUACGAGUUAGUUGUCUCUUAACAUAGACUAUGGUUAACCCAUGUCUUCAAACACGGUACAAUGUGAAUGAUUUUGAGAGAGAUGUUAGUGAUCAUUUGAUAAAUCUAUUUGAGAUCAUCGGACAAGUUUAUUAAAGUAUAUCUUGUUUUAUAUUAUAGAUAUGAUG